GGGCUGUCAGUCAGAGAGACGCCCCGCCCCUGGGCUCAGACUGCGGACUGCUCCGGGACCAGAACCCAACACUCCGCCGGAUACGGAUUAAUUCCUCUUUAGUUUGUGCUGAGGUGAUCGAUCAGCUGUGAUCGGUUUGAUUAGUCGGAGGGGAUGUCCCGGCUGCUGGAGAGCAGGAGACAGGACAGGAUGAAGGAAAUCAACGUGAAGAAAAAGGAGAAGGAGCGUCUGAAGGAGCGAGAGAAGGAGGCACGAGAGAGGGAGGCCAGGACCAGCAACGGCCACCUGUUCACUUCCCUGACUGUGUCCUCCACCACCCUGUGCUCCUCCUGCAACAGGAGCAUCACCGCCAAGGAGGCGCUCAGCUGCCCAGCCUGUAAUGUCACCAUCCACAACCGCUGCAGAGACAGUCUGGCCAGCUGUGCCAAGAUGAAACAGAAGCAACAGAAGCUGGCGUUGGUGAGAAACAGUUCAGCUCUGCAGAAUGUCGCCAUGCGCACCAAAACUCCGAUGAUGAAGGAGCGUCCCAGCUCGGCCAUCUACCCCUCAGACAGUCUUCGUCAGUCGCUGCUCGGGUCCAGGCGGGUUCGCUCCGGCCUCUCGCUCGCCAAGAGCGUCUCCACCAAUAACAUUGCAGGUGUGAGCGAGGACUCUGUGGGUCUCAGGAGGAUCCUGUCUCAGUCCACUGAGUCUCUGAACUUCAGGAGUCGGACUCUGUCCAUGGAGUCUCUGACUGACGACGGUGAGUGGUGGUGGAGCCCCCUGCUGGAGGAGCUGCAGGCAGAGGGCAGCUGUGUUCAGGCCGACAGCUGGAGUCUCGUGGUGGAACCAAACUUCCUGCAGACGCUUCAUAAAGACCUCAUCAAACAGCAGGAUGUUAUCUACGAGUUGAUCCAGACGGAGUUCCACCACGUGCGGACGUUGCGGAUCAUGGAGGGGGUGUACCGGAGGGGGAUGCUGGAGGAGGUGAUGCUGGAGGCGGGCGUGGUUCACACCAUCUUCCCCUGCCUGGACCAGCUGCUGGAGUGGCACUCCAGCUUCCUGUCGGAGCUGCUGAACCGGAGGAAGGAGGGGCUGAUGGAGGGCAGCGCCACCAACUUCACCGUCCACAGGAUUGGAGAGCUGCUGCUCAGACAGUUUUCAGGUCAGUCUGCAGACGACAUGAAGAAACUUUACUCUGAGUUCUGCAGUCGACACCCGAAAGCUGUUAAACUCUACAAAGAAGUUUUAACUCGAGACCGAAGACUGCAGCAGUUCAUCAGGCGUGCCUGUCGUGGUCCUCUGCUCCGUCGUCAUGGCGUCCAGGAGUGCAUCCUGUUGGUGACACAGCGAAUCACAAAGUACCCUGUCCUCAUCCAGCGAAUCCUCGACAACACCAAAGGCAGACAGGAGGAGGAGGCACAGGCUCUGAGCCGGGCACUGCACCUACUGAAGGAGCUGAUCAGCUCUGUGGACAAGGAGGUGUUGGAGCUGGACCGAACCAGGAGGCUGCAGGAGAUCCAGGCCCGUCUGGACCCUCGGGCCCAGGCAGAGGUCCGAGGAGGUGGAGUGUUCAGAGGAGGAGAGCUGCUGAGGAGGAGACUCCUCCACGAGGGGACGCUUCUCUGGAAGGUCCAGGGCUCCAGGAUGAAAGAUGUGCUGGUCCUCCUGAUGUCAGACAUCCUGGUUUUUCUUCAGGAGAAAGAUCAGAAGUUCACUUUUGCAUCAUUGGACAAGUCUCCAGUGGUCUCUCUGAAUAACCUGAUCGUCAGAGACAUAGCCAAUCAGGAGCGAGGAAUGUAUCUGAUCAGUUCCUCCACCCCUCCAGAGAUGUACGAGCUGUACGCUUCUUCCAAAGAUGACCACAGGACCUGGAUGAGCCGCAUCCAGCAGACUGCUCUCAGCUGUCCAUCCAGAGACGAGUUUCCUCUCAUCGAGACUGAAGACAAAGCUUUACUGCGCAGACUCAGAGCUGACAUUCAGCAGAAGGACAGGGAGGUGCUGGAGCUCCUGCAGGAGCGAGUCACUCUGUUUGCUGACUUUGUGGAGGCGACAGGAAGAGGAGGAGCAGAAGAAGGAGAAUUGGAGCUCAGCAUCUCCUCAUCUAAGUCCUCCUGCUCCUGCAGGAACCUGUUCAGAGCCGACACUCCUCACGCUCCUCAGGCCGAGCCGCUCCUCACCUCCUCCAUCGCAGAAGUGGACAAACUGACGGAGCUGCUGCUGAACUCCAAUAUCCAGAGACCCACCGGGACCAAUGGCAACCAGGAGCUGAGCAAUGGAGACUCUGGUUCUCUGAACGGUGAGCUGAACAGCAGCUCCUCAAAGGACCGAAACGGGAACCAACUGCAUGAACGGACCCUUAAUGAGGAAGUCCGUCAGCGAUUGGUCAGUCUGAGCACGCAUCUUCACGCCCUGCAGGCUGCUGUGAUUCGACAGGACUCAAUCCUGGAGCUGUCACUCAGAACAGGCAAUACCCCCAUAUCUACGCCAGGCUCUGGCCCCGCCCCCGGGUCCCGCUUAAGUCGGUCGAUGUCCCGGGACACAGGGCUGGACGCCAGUGGAGAGGCGGUACUGCUGCAGCGGCAGGUGGAGCUGCUGCAGGAGGAAGUGACACGGCUUCGUCUGAGAGGGGAGGAGUCAACCAGAGAGGGGGCGGAGCCAAGGAGCAGGAAGAGGAGUAAUGGAGAGAUCAGUGAUGUCAUUAAGGGAGAACAGGUGAGCAGAAGGCGUGGCAGCAGGGAACUGGAGCCCCGACCCCUCGCCCCAUUGGCCAGCCAGGAUCCAGUUGACCAAUUAGACGGCGUCCAGGAAGGAAACGAGGAGGAAGAGGAGGAGGUGAUGAGGAUCUCUCCUCGCUCUGACAGCCCCAGAGACCUGCAGGACAUCCCAGAGGAGAGCGAGUGUGGAGCUGAUCCCAGUUAACGUUGCACCUACACCUGAGCACCUCAGGGACCUCUGCAGAUGUCACUGUGAGGUCAUCGCGGCUUCACAGACAUUCAGAGAUCAGACUGAUCCAGUCGCUGUCGGAUUUAACCAACGCUGAAGCUGGACAUUAUUUAAUUUCCUGUUUUCUGAAUGUUGCUGUUAGAAACAGGAAGUAUAACCAUGUGACCUGUUUACAUCAUCACGUCAGCUGGAGCUCCGCCCACACGUGCUGGAAUGGGCAGAGCUUUGUAUUGGGAUUUAAAUAGUUUCAAAGGUUAGACACACUACUUUAUCCAGAAUGCUUUUGGAUAAUAACAUCUGCGUCAUUCAGUUAAUGAUGCUCUUAAAUGGGGGGGAGGGGGUAAUCCCACAGAGCCUGACCUGAUCCAUAAUCGGACCUAUAAUCUGAUCCAUAAUCGGACCUAUAAUCUGAUCCAUAAUCUGAUCUAUAAUCUGAUCUAUGAUCUGAUCCAUAAUCUGAUCUAUAAUCUGAUCUGUAAUCUGAUCCAUAAUCUGAUCUAGAAUCUGAUCCAUAAUCUGAUCUAGAAUCUGAUCUAUGAUCUGAUCUAUAAUCUGACCUAGAAUCUGAUCUGUAAUCUGAUCCAUAAUCUGAUCCAUAAUCAGAUCUAUAAUCUGAUCCAUGAUCUGAUCCAUAAUCUGACCUAGAAUUUGAUCUGUAAUCUGAUCCAUAAUCUGACCUAGAAUCUGAUCUAUGAUCUGAUCUAUAAUCUGAUCCAUGAUGUGAUCUAUAAUCUGAUCCUUAAUCUGAUCUGUAAUCUGAUCCAUAAUCUGAUCUAUAAUCUGAUCCAUAAGUAUCUUCAGCCUCAGUAACCCUGUAACUUCACGUAAUAUAACUUCAGGGCGUCAGACAGUGAAACCAAAAACACUUUUUAAGCUGGAACACGUUUACAGAAAUUAUGAUUUCAGCAGUUUCACGUCGCAGGAAGUAGGUCAGAUCCUGCAGGGUCAGGUGGGUUGGGGUGGGUGGAGGGGGGCUAUGUGUUGUUGAGUAGUAGAUCAGUGGUUUUUUUAAAGAAACAGGAAGCUGUCUGAUUGAAACAUGACAUCACUGCUGAAGCGCUCCUGUUAGCAUGUUAGCAUGUUAGCAUGUGUCUUUUAUACUUGUACAGAACCUGAACAUAUUUUGUCUGGUUGGUUUUAACCAAUCAGCUUGCUUGCGGAUGUUUUUAUUGAGAUGUUGAACAUGUCAACUCCUCUCUGAUGUUAUUUGAACCAAAACACUUUAUUUACAGCCUGAUGACGGACAGUGGCGGCGGCGGCGUGUCCUCGUACCUAAACGACAAAACAGGUAGACGGAGGGAGACUCCCAAAACCACAAACACAGUCCAGGGGCAGGCGUAUCAACCUUAAGUCACAUGAUGUUAAACACAUGGUUAACGGUCGCAGUUUGGUUAGGUUUGGGAAAACAUCUUAUUUGGGUUACAAUAAUUAUGUAAGUCACGUGACUUACGCUGUUUAAAUGCUGUUUAACUUAAAACUCUAAAUUAGUCACCGUGGCUCAAACUUUGGUCUCCUGUGUGAAAGUCUGGGUUUGACUCGUCCACCUCCUUACGUGGACUUUGUCCUCUUUAGACUAGGUCACCUGACUUCCUCCUGCGCUCCCGUCACACGGCCACUAGAGGUCGCCGCCGCAGUAAACAUAAAUACGGGUCGUAAUAAGCUAACACAGCCGGCGGUCCAGUCAUGUUUCAGAGAUCCAGGUUUGGCUCAGUGUGGGCCGGACCUGGAUCUCUGCAGAUAUUUCUUUAGAAACUUCAAAACAUUGUGAACGAAGGAAACUGGAGACAGAAAGCAUCUGAAACCUGCUGCAGUGGCGAAGAUGGUGAUGAUGGUGACGUCUCAUUGUGAUGUAGAGUUGCCGUGGACAUGGACCACCGCAGAAAGUUAAAGAACACCGGAUCCAAACACCCAUCCCAAAGAUCUUUAAAAGAUGAACUUGUUGUUCUGAAGAGUCUGAAAGCCUCGACAGGAGAUCAGAACCAGCUGCUGAAGAUAAACAGCUGGAUUUAAAACAUGAUGCUGAGUCAGUCUGUUGUGAACCUCAACAUGAGAACUCGUCCUUUUCAGGAAAACGCUGUGUUUGAUGUGAUCUUCCUGCAGCUGUUCUAUGGUCUUUCUAACAUCCGUCACCUUAAGACUCAGCCUGGAUCCAUGAUCAGCCUGGAUCCAGGAUCAGCCUGGUCCAGGCCUGAGCUGAGUCUUCUGUUGGUGUAGUUUCCUGUUUGUAUAAAGAUUUGCUCAGAAACUGUAAAUGCUGUUUGUUGUAAGUUUAUUGAUUCGAGUUCCUCAUAAAUGUAAUCAGCUGGA